GAACUUGCAAAAAAAAAAAAAAAAAAAAAACUGUGACGAAAAAUAUUUGUGAAGAAAAUAUAAAAAGGUUUAAUUCGAGAAUUCUCGCAUCAUUCCGCCGAACGAAAAUCCUAUAAAGGGGAAAGUAAAGGUUACCUAAGAACUGAGUGCAAACCAUGUCGUCCAUCAAGACAACAGUAAAAACGGAGGCCUGCUCCUUUAGCGAGUACAGGAUAUACCCAGGAAGGGGACAGAAAUUUAUUGCGAGGGAUGGAAAAGUCUACUUUUAUUUAUCAUCCAAAUUUGCCUCUCUUGCGCUUCAGAAGAAGAAAGCAGCCAAGUUGAGAUGGACACAGACUUGGCGACGAAAUAAUAAGAAGACCAAAAUUGAAACAACGCAAAGGAGGAGAUACAAGAAAACCAUUAAAGUGCAGAAGGCCGUCUGCGGUUUAACCGUCGAGGACAUACGAAACAGAAAGGCCUACGUCCAGAGUAUUGAAGCUAAGAACAAGUCACGAAUGGCCGGCAAGGAGAAGGAUGACAAGAAAAAGGGAAAGGACGACAAAAAGAAAAAUGCCGCACACUUCCAACAGAAAAAAGAUUUCGCAAAAUCGAAACAAGUCAACAUGGCGAAGACCAAAAUGCACAAAAUGAUGAAGAAAUGAAGUUGAACAGGCUCGCAUGUGCCCGUAGCCAUGCCACAACAACGCGCUGUGCGCAGAUUGUGUAUGUAUGAAUAGGCGAUAAAUGGGCUAAACAGAGAGAUGUUCCUCGUAAUGUAUGAAAUGUUCUUUUUUUUUUCCCUUUUUUUUCCUCCUUUUUUUUCCCCUUUUUUUUUU